AUAUUUACCUUUCUUUGUAUAGCAAAUGAUGUUUUGAGGGCUUACUAUAUGAAUGUUGAAGUGUGGGGAAGGGCUGGCAUAAGAGCUUUAGCACUGGGUCUUGUGAAGGUAGCUGGGUCAAAAUGUAUAAGGAUAGGUAAGGAAGAGAAUUCCCUUGGGCAGGAGGUGGUGGAGGGAAACAUGGAGGUUGGGGGUAAAUGAGUAAUGAUGAAUGGUGUAUCUUGGCUCUACAGGAAUGCAUGUGAAAGGGGUGGGGAGCAAUCGGUGUUGUGGAGGAUCAAGUGAUGAAGGUGGUAACUUGAUUGCUAAAUGGAAGCCUUUGCCUCUAUUCACCAACUACAUACAGAGCAGCUUGUCCAAGUGUGUGGGCUUUCAAAGCAGCUUUGUGGAGAUCUAUUCACACUCUCUAUAAAGCACUCAUUUGAAGCAUACCUUUGAGUUCAUUGUGGUGGUGGUGUAUGCCUGCAAUCUCAACACUUGGAAGACCAAGGCAGGAGAAUUGAGAGCUCACUACCUGUCUGGGGUACAAGAAUGGGACCCCAUCUCAAAUAGAAAUAAGUGAAUGAAUAGCUAAAUCAAGUACACAGUUGAAUGGUUUGCAGUACAUUCAUAUGGAUAUGUAGCUGUUGCUGCAAUCCUGUUUAGAACAUUUCCAUGAACUUGCCAAAAAAAUUCCAUGCCACUAGCUCUCAACUCCCUAUCUGCCCUUCCUGUACCAUCUACAAUGACCCCAGAGUACUUUUUAUCUAUAGAAUUGCCCGGUUUUGACAGUUCAUAUAAAUAAAGUUAUAACAUGUCUUUUUGUGGUUUUUUUCAUUGUGUGUGUCUGUAAUUUCAUGGUUUUUCUUUUUGCAGUACUGAGGACCAAACUUCAUCUCGUUGAUGCUAGGCAAAGGGCCCUUUCACUGCGCCUUACCCCCCUAGACCCUGAUCUUCCUCCUGGCCUGUCCCCCAUGUCCGGGAGCUACCGUCAUCUUCAAGUUACAGAUGCACAUGUUGAAUGGAGCUCUUCUGGCAUUGCUGUUUCCCGUGGUAAAUACCCGGCUGCUUCCCUUUGAACUAGAGAUUUACUACAUCCAGCAUGUUAUGCUCUACGUGGUCCCCAUCUACCUGCUUUGGAAAGGAGGUGCUUACACCCCAGAGCCCCUCAGCAAUUUCCAGUGGGCUCUUCUCUCAACUGGCCUCAUGUUCUUUUACCACUUCAGCAUCCUGCAGAUCCUCGGCCUGGUCACCGAAGUGAAUUUGAACAACAUGCUGUGUCCGGCCAUCUCAGACCCAUUCUACGGCCCCUGGUAUCGCAUCUGGGCCUCGGGACACCAGACUCUCAUGACCAUGACCCACGGGAAGCUGGUCAUCCUGUUCUCAUACAUGGCUGGGCCCUUGUGUAAAUAUCUGCUGGAUUUGCUCCGGCUUCCAGCCAAGAAAAUAGACUGAAGGUGCUUGGGUUUUUGUUUUGUUUUAGUUCUGUUUGUUUUUUUGUUUUUUUGUUUUGUUUUGUUUUGUUUCUCCCUGAGGAAGCAAAUCCUGAGUUGACUCAGAGAAUACCUAGCUCUUGAUGAAAUCAUUGGAGAUGGCAGAUAGAAUACUUGGUUUAUUUUCUUUCCCCUUCUCUCUGUCCCUUUCUUCCACUACUCUUCCCUCCCCAGCUCCUCCCCUUGGAUGACUCUUGGUGCCCAGGGAAGGUGCUGGGGGCUGGAGCUUCCUUCUUUUUCUCCCCUGGGUUCUGGCUCCCUACUGUGCCCCACUCCAUCUGCGUGGCCUUACCCAGGGAAAUGGUAGUCAGCGGCCUCUUUCAUACAGCUUGUUGGUGCUUUUAACAACAGCUAGUUGAGGAAGGAGGGGACAACAAGCAGUAGUUCUUCCAGCAUCCCAGCAAUGAAAUAGUGUUGGGUUCAUUUCUCCACUGCCAGGGACCUCCAGGCUCAUGCUGGGAUCCCCUUUAAUCUCCAGCAUAGCCCCCACCAGAAGGGGACCAAGGCCUUGCUUCUAUACCAGCUGCAAGCAAGCCCAGAGCCAAGGGACUUCCCGGUUCACAGCCAAAAUAGAUUCUUCCAGUGACUGGUGUCCCAUGACUGAAAGCAGGGAGACACCCAGCCACUCCUUCCAGGGUGCUGCCUUGGGCGGAUGAUGCUAGCAACGUGCAGCCAAAGGAGGAGAUUCUUACAGGGGCAUUGGAGAUCUGUUGCCACAGUAAAUCUGAAGCAAAGGGGAUAAAAGUACCAGGCUGGACUACCCUGCACCCAAGACAAACAACCAACCUUCCCUAUGAAAGCUGAGAUCAGAUCCACAUCCGAAAUGAGUGUAGAAACUAAGAACUCAACUAAGUGGCAACUUGAGAAAGCCAUGAUCUGAAUCACACUCUGGACCACAUGGCUAAUAGGCAGUGUUCUAGUCUCAGUUGCCCCUUGAACCAUCCUCAUUGUCUGUGUAUAUGUCUGUCUGUUUUUCUGGCUGAGGCUGCUUCAUGGGAGAACGAGCUGGAGUUGGGGCUUGGGUGCUGUUUGGCUGUGUGUCUUUUGGAUGUUUGAAAUGGGGGGGAGAUCCCUCCCAUUUCUCAAAGGUACUCUAGAGCCCUCCCUGGCACUUAGAAGGUGUGUCUAUGGUUCCUGAAGGCAGUCUGAUGAGGGUUAGAUUUUCUUUCGUGUAGCUCGACUCUGCUGAAGUGUUCUGUGUGGGGAGACAUCACUGGUUUUGAGGCUUGACAGUGUUCAAAACCCAUGUGUAGGUUGAAAGGGAACUGUCAAUGGAUCUGGGCCCCAUAGCUAGAGGUGCAAGUGCUCUGAAGGGAGGAGCUUUGGUUGGGAGGUUCUUGGUUAUAUGUGGACCACAAAGAUUACCAGGGCCCAUAUAUUUGCUGACUCCUUGUCAACUUCUAGUAGGAAGAGAUUUGCUUAGGAAUAGAAACGUUUGUACUAUGACCACCCCAUUGUCUUGUGCCGGAUGCAGUAUUCAGUGUGAGUUUGUGGGUAUGAGGCCUAAGCUGAACUUCAGUGGCUCGGUGGCUAUGGUUUUACAAAAUGGACUUUCAGGGGAAGCAACUGGAGCAAAUGGAGACUGAGAGAGGCCAUUCUGGGAGGGGCUGCCUGGCCAUGAGGUGAUCUAGUCUGAGGUACUGAAAGCAGGGAAGAAUUCCAUGCUUGCUGCCUUUGAGCUCCUGCCAUGGCAUCUUCGCCCUUUGCCAUCUGUGUGGGCUAUGCUGAGCUUUUCUUGCCCUGCCCACUCAUAGAAGUCGGUGGAUGAAUAGAAUGCAGGAAAACCUCCCUGGCUGGCCUUGGGCCUCUCUAUAAGGAGAGGUCAUAGGAGGGGAGUCCAUGAGGCCUGACACAGCUGUCGCCACAACAUGGAGCUGCUACCUGCAGUGGGGGAAGGCCUCAGCUGAGGGGACCAACGCCAGAAUGCCACGGAGGUGGGAGUGCCACACACACUUCUUUCCUAUCUGAGGCUUCAUAGUCCAGGUUGCCAGGCAUCUUGGGUUUCCCUGCAUUGGCAUGCCUCCAGUUGCUUGCCUCUGCUUUGGUGCCAGCUCAGCAGACCAUUUUCUGGUAGGCAUUUUCUGGUGCUCAGAGGAAGAGUGGAAAUUCAAAGCCAGGUUGUCUGGCAUGGCCAAGCCAGCGUCACACAUAUGUGUCAGGAAGGAGGAAGUGAAGGGAACAUGCAGGGGCCUAGGUUGGCUCAUAUGUUAGGAAGCUAAAUGAAACAGAUUGUGGCUCCUUCAACAGACUCCAUAGGGAGGGUCAGCCUGGGUUUGAGAUGUUGGGGAACAAGGAACCUUUUCACUGUCUCUAUAUCUCACUCUUACCUUGGUCCAAACCUACAUGGAAAGAGGUAACCUGCUUAGGCUCUUAGCACUUUGCUAUGGGAGUUGUCCCUAGGCAUGUCGAGCAGCCUACCCUCUACUGUCAGGGACAGAGAGGGACAUAGUUUGCCCUGACUUUGCAGCUCUUCGUUGUGCCUGUCAUUCCCUAACUACCUUGGCUGAAGUUUCAUAUGUGCUUUACCAGCAUGUGUGAGCUCUGUGUCUGGGCGAGAGUGCUCCGAGAGGUGGCUAGCAAGAACGAACAGUGUAUCUUUAAAGCCCUCAUUGUCCAUGGUCAGGGGGCUGUGCCAACAAGUACAGUUGGCUAAGCCAGCUUCUCUGCUGAAAGAUCCUUCCUACCCCCAGUAUUUGGUUUUUUAUAUAUAUAAGACUUGGCCCAGCACCUUCUCAGAAGCCUAGCAGCAUGUUCUGUCAUCUUCUGACGUGCUGUGGGAUAGUGGAGCCACCGCCUCCACCUCUCUAAGUCUGUCUUCUGCGUUUUUGUGAACUUCUUUGUACCUGUGGGGGGUGGUCUGUGGGGUCUGUGUGGGCUAAGUAGGGUUUGGCUAUGCACUUUAUUCUAUGGUGACUCUGUUAGGGGUUUGCUAUGUGUGAUCACGGAUGAUUCUGUGUUUUGUGAUGUAAUUACAAGUUUCUCAUGGAUAGCUCAAUGUCAGCAAGUGGAACUGGGCUUGGGUCAUGUCCUGUGCUGGGUGUUCAGGAGAUGGCAAAGGGCCCCUUUUAACUCUCUGCCAAAUAGACUUCCCUGGGAAGUCUGGCACCUGUUCUCUUUGGGACAAGGGUUUCUUAAUGGUUUCUACUAUAAGGGAGGCCAGAGGUGGGUGAGGAAAGGAAGCAUUCUGAUGCGGUUGGACAAGACACGGCUUCUGGUUUUAGUGAGCCAGGACUAGGCCUCAGACUAGGAAAGGGCAUCCUAUCUCCUCCUGGUCCAGCUGUCUCUGAGGUAAAAGUCCAUCAGAGGAGUCAGUCUUCCUCUGGUAUAUGCAGUGAGCUCACUGUGUGCAGUAAGCCCAAGUUGCUUGCUGUUGCCCUUGUCUGUGACACUUCUGUACACUGAUUUGCCAUUCAUGGCACUGAGUAGACAUGAGUAGACACCCAUCCCUACUCAGUGAAAAGCAAAUCAAAAACAAAAGUCCUUUGAAGCAGAAGAUGAUGUUUUGGAAAACUCUUGAUUUAUUUUGGUGUCAACAUUAUGUUAGGUUUGAAAGCAUUCUUCAUUUAUUUGAUAUGAUUGUAGCGAAGAGAACGGAAUUGAAUGGUGUUCAAUUACUUCUUCUGGGACAUGGAAAGCCUGUCCUCCAUCCUUCUCAAACGGAGACUGCUGUGAACUGUCACCCUCAUGUGCAGGGCUCUUCUGAGAGCCAGUCUUUGAACUCCCUAGACGGCAGCAAACUCGAGCCUCACUGUCAGGCUGCUUCUGGGACACGCUUCCCUACCCCUCCAGUCUACCUCCCCUCUUUGGGUGUUUUUGUAAUGUGCUCUCUCUGUUUUGUAAAAUCCCUUUGAUUGUAAUGAAGUGGAUUCUGCAGCCACCUUUUGGAAAUAAAUGGUCCUUAAUUUGUGUACUUAGCAUUUUGAAUCUUAGCCUCAGGUGUUUCUGCUGUUGAAGAUUCCUGAAUGAAAAGAAACCUUCCCCAUGGGACUUAUUGUAACAAUGUUUUCUUCAUUUACUGUUAUUAAAAGAUUUAUGAGAA